GCAGAAAUACCCAAAAGUGGAGGGGCCAAUCCGGAAAAACGCCUCUGCCCCUGCCUCUGCCUGUUCGUCCCCACAUCGCCGCGGCGACCCGCUCGACGCCGACGAGCGGCGACUGGCACGAGGAGGGAGCCGAUCAGCCGAAUUUGGAGCAGAAGCCCUCAUCCUCGCCGAGGGCGAGCAGGCCAGCCGCCGUGUAAUGCAGGGUGAGAAGAGGGCAUAUCCUCCCCGACCGUGAUGCAGAGAAUCAUCGCCCUCCGCUUGCCGCGCGGCCGGAUCGAGUCGAAUGGAGUCCGGUGCUCGGAGCCUCGGAUCUGCCUCGAUCAGCAGCUGAGUCGGUAGCAUCUUGGUGAAGACUGAAAGUGAUUCACCUGGAAAUGCAGAGAUAUGUGCCAGUCAGUAACACUCUAUAGAUAGUAGACCCAUUUUUAAUUUCAGCGCGGUGCUGAUAUAAUGGAAGAGAGGAGUGUGUUGAUGGAACGGUAUGUAAUUGGGAGACAAUUGGGGCAAGGAACCUUUGGAAAGGUUUAUUAUGCUCGUAAUCUUAGUUCUGGUCAGUCUGUUGCGAUAAAGAUGAUUGAUAAGGAGAAGAUCUUGAAGGUUGGCCUCAUGGAGCAGAUAAAGAGGGAGAUCUCGAUAAUGAGAUUGGUGAGGCAUCCAAAUGUUCUCCAGCUCUUCGAGGUAAUGGCUACCAAGAGCAAUAUUUACUUUGCUUUAGAGUAUGCUAAGGGUGGCGAGCUUUUCCACAAAAUGGCCAGAGCAAAGCUCAAUGAGGAGUCUGCGAGAAAUUAUUUUCAACAGUUGAUCUCUGCAAUGGACUAUUGCCAUAGCCGAGGUGUUUAUCAUCGUGACUUGAAGCCGGAAAACUUACUACUGGAUGAGAAUGAAACCCUUAAAGUCUCUGACUUUGGAUUAAGUGCGUUAGCUGAAUCAAGGAGACAAGAUGGUCUUCUCCACACCGCAUGUGGAACUCCAGCUUAUGUUGCUCCAGAAGUGCUUAGUAGGAAAGGCUAUAGUGGCUCAAAGGCGGAUGUGUGGUCUUGUGGAGUGAUUCUGUUUGUGCUUGUGGCCAAUUAUCUUCCUUUCCAUGAUAGAAAUAUCAUACAAAUGUAUAGGAAGAUCGCAAAGGCUGAGUAUAGAUGCCCUCGUCAUUUUUCAGCUGAGCUAAAGGAGCUCCUUUAUGGAAUCCUUGAUCCUGAUCCUAGUACUAGGAUGUCUAUCUCAAGGAUAAAGAGAAGUGCUUGGUACAGGAAACCCAUCGCCAUAUCUGCAUUGAACAACGAAACAGGAAAGAAGAGUUGUACAAGUGAGGCUCCUUUCUCUGGCCCAACAAUCUGCAUCAGUUCUGAGAGAAAUCAAGAGCCACCAAACCUACACAACUUGAAUGCAUUUGACAUCAUUUCUCUCUCUACUGGAUUCGAUCUAUCAGGUUUAUUUGGUGAAAGAUAUGGCCGAAGAGAGUCACUGUUUACAUCCAGAAAGCCAGCUGCAGCUGUACUUGUGAAGCUGAAGGAACUGGCCAAAGCCUUGAAUCUCAAAGUUACAAAAACUGACAAUGGAGUGCUUAAAUUGGCUACGACGAAGGAAGGAAGGAAGGGCAGACUUGAGCUUGAUGCAGAGGUUUCUGAGGUUGCUCCUUUUCUCUUAGUUGAGUUGAAGAAAACUAAUGGUGACACAUUGGAGUAUCAAAGGAUGAUGAAAGAGGACAUUAGGCCAUCACUCAAGGAUAUUAUUUGGACAUGGCAAGGUGAUCAACAGUAGUCACAGCAUGCUGCAUCAUGCACCUCUAUCACCAACUUACCAUCUCCACAAAGAAAAAAUAGGACUAAUUGUGAAUGUUUUGUUUUAUUCCCCUCAAUGUCCAUCACAAACCAAGCUAGAAUCAUGGAAUGUCAAUAAAAUCGAAGGCACGUUUUGUCCUAUUGACAUUGGCCAUAGAUUAAAUAAUUUAUCUGUAGUUCUUACAUAAAUGAGUAACAUUGCAGCUUCAUCUUUCUUAUCCAUCCCCCCCCCCCUAAGGGAAGGGGGGAGGCAUGUA